AUGGAGAUAACGGAUGUGCACCACGGGUAUUUCAUGGUUCGGUUUGAUGUGGAAGCUGAUCGAGAGAGGGCUGUUACUGGUGCCCCAUGGUUGAUCUACGAUCAUUAUUUGUCGGUUAAACCCUGGACCAAGGACUUUGUGGCAGCUGAUGACAGGAUCAAUACCACCAUGGCAUGGAUACGCAUACCAGGUUUGGGCAUGCAAUUCUAUGAUGAGGACAUCUUGAUGACACUUGCUACUGGAGUAGGGACACCGACCAAGGUAGACAUGACCACGGCGGACAUGCGGCUGGGGAAAUUUGCGCGCAUAUGUGUUGAGAUCGACUUGGAGAAACCCGUUGUGGGCAUGCUGAGACUGAGAGGGGUUUGGUAUAAUAUCGAAUAUGAGGGUCUUCACUUACUCUGCUCGAAAUGUGGCUGCUACGGCCAUAUGUCGAGAAAGUGCAAGGUUAUCGCGGCGGAGACUGUGGCGGCCGCAUCCUCGACGCCAGCGACGAAGGCUACCGCACCGAGCGCACAAUCUGGGACAACCCUAGAGGCGGCUACAGAUCCUGCAAUCAAUGCAGAUUCUAUGCAGGCCGAAAAUUCAGCACCAAAAACGGCAGCUUCUGUACCAAUUGCCGCACAUGGUAAGUGGUUAAUUGUGGAGCGGUCAAAAAGGAAACAGAAUCAAAACCGCCAAUCAGGAGGGGCAGCUGCGAAAUCUAAGGAGGGUAGUAAUGCUAACAGAUUUCAUUCAUUAGCCAAAUUACAGGAAAGAGGAACAGAGCCCGUAAUUGGUGGUGUAACUGGCGGUGCAAUGAUUGUGUAUGAUGGCAGCAAAAAAUCGUACUCAACUGAGACAGCUAAUGCAAAAAAACGGUCUCGAAGAGACGAGGGGAAGACAUCACAGGCGCUGGUCCAACCUCCUCUGAGAAUUCUGGAACGCCAAUCUUCACAGCAAACACGUACGCUGGCGAGGGAGCAAACUACAGGGAGUGCAUCAGGUAAGCCGAAAACAAGGAUGGUUGGUAACAAAGUGGUUUUUGAUCUGGGUGGAGGCGCAAUGUCCACCGAGAAUAUGAAAGCACUAGGUGGAGAUAGAUACCAAUUGUUUGAGGAUGAUGCAGCAACGACGGUGUGUGUUGGGGGUGAACUAGCAGCCACUAACCCUCAGAACCCAGGACCUAAUAAUCGGAUGAUAAUUGUACCCAGACAGUAG